ACCGUUACGCACAGAUGCGGUAGUGCAGCUAUUUAUCUAUUAGGCCCGACGACAUCGCUAACCAGCUGUAGUAUAAGAAAUCCCAUUGACAAGUAAAGUGGACGUUAAAUCUAAAAGUCGCCCCCGACAGAUUACCGCCGUCGUCGUCAAAUUCGGGGCGGGAGAUCCAUCCGAUCCCCAACUACCCCUAAAUUCUGAGCACUGAAGUACUUUAUUGGGUUUCUUGAGGUCUGGUUUUCCUGGAAAUCGAGAUCCACACCUGUAUAAGAGGUUAAAUUCAGACAGGUUAUGUAGAUUUGUAUGCACAAAUUAAAUUUGUUAUGGGAAAGAAGAAGUCGAUGUUCUCAACAGACAAUCAUUUAUGGGAACUUGAUCUAGAAUGUUUCCUUGUGAUGGAUUUCUAUGCAGCAGACUUAUCAGUUUUGUCUGUCUGCAGUACUAAACUCUGUUGAGUCUGGUGAAGAGGGGUUAAGCUGUUAUGGGAACAGAUAAUCAAAAUUGGCAUUUGCAUGUAUCAUUUGAUCAAUGGGUAGCAGUCCCAGUGCCCGGUCCACGACCUGCUGCUCGCUACAAGCAUGCUGCAACUGUCGUUGAUGAGAAGUUGUAUAUUAGUGGUGGAAGCCGUAAUGGGCGCUACUUAUCUGAUGUCCAGGCUUUUGACCUUAAAAGUCUGACAUGGUCCACUAUAAAGUUGAAAUUGGAAUCUAAUGCUGUUAAGAUGAAUGAUGGGAUCAAGUUUGAAGGUCUUCCUGCAAUCGCUGGUCACUGUAUGAUUAAGUGGGAAAACAAGCUGUUGCUUCUUGCUGGUCAUUCAAAGCAUGUUUCUGACGGUGUAACAGUGCACUUUAUCGACCUUGAAACACAUAAUUGUGGUGUCAUAGAGACCUAUGGAAAGGUUCCUGUAGCUCGUGGUGGGCAAUCUGUUACACUAGUUGGCUCUAAGCUUGUAAUGUUUGGCGGAGAAGACAGGAAUAGAAGACUGCUCAAUGAUGUUCAGAUAUUGGAUUUGGAGACCAUGACUUGGAGCUCUGUGGAGACUACGCAGACACCUCCAGCUCCAAGAUUUGAUCAUGCAGCUGCACUGCAUACAGAGCGCUACCUUCUGAUUUCUGGCGGUUGUUCUCAUUCAGUCUUUUUUAGUGAUCUCCAUGUGCUGGACUUGGAAACAAUGCAAUGGUCCCAACCGCAAAUUCAUGGGGAUCUGAUGAGACCGAGGGCUGGUCAUGCUGGUGUCACCCUUGAUGAGAAUUGGUAUAUAGUUGGUGGCGGAGAUAAUAGAAGUGGUGCCCCAGACACUCUUUUGCUGGAUAUGUCUAAGCUUGCUGUGUCAGUGCUGACAAGUGUAAAGGGGAGAGAGCCACUAGCCAGUGAGGGCCUUAGUGUUUCCUCUGCAGUGCUAGACACCAAGAAGUUCUUGGUUGCCUUUGGUGGUUAUAAUGGAAAAUAUAAUAAUGAGGUUUUUGUUAUGAGGCCUAAACUGAAGGACAAUUUACUUCCCAAAAUAUUCCAAUCCCCAGCAGCUGCUGCUGCUGCAGCUUCUGUUACUGCUGCAUAUGCUUUGACCAAAUCUGAAAAGUUAGACUUGACAGAAAGAGAAGAUUCAAAUUUCAAGGUCAUUCAGGUGGAUCACUCCCAGCAGGAUCUUUCAGUCGAGAUCAGUUCAAUUAGAGAAGAAAAAAGGUUGUUGGAGUUAUCCCUUAAAGAGGUCAGAUCAGAAAACUCUUCUCUGAAGGCUAAGAUUGAAGAAAUUAAUGGAACUCAUGCUGAGUUGUCAAAGGAACUCCAAUCUGUUCAAGGUCAACUUGUGGAUGAGAGAUCAAGAUGUGCUAAACUUGAGGCACUUAUAGCUGAGCUACAGAAGAAUCUGGGGUCAUUGCAGCCGGUAGAGGAGGAAGUUCAAAUACUCAGGAAACAGAAAGAUGAAUUUGAACGUGAAAUGGAACUUGCUGCCGCUAGUGCCCAGAGACAAAAUUCUGGUGUUUGGAAGUGGAUUGCAGGAUGAGUUGGGGUAGUACUACUCUGAUCUAAGGUCAGCGCUAUAUAGUCUAACGGUCCAUCCUGCAGAAGGAAAGUCAUCCUCCAUAAACACGGUUGCAAGAAACUUGAUACACUUCCUUUGGGAAGUAUUUAACAGCUCAGGGAAGGAUCAUGGAGUGACGUGUAUCUCGAAGAUGCGGCAAUCUAGUUUCAUUUAAUUGUUCUAGUUACCUUGUUGGACCUUUCGAUUUUAUCUUCAUGAAUGUAACUUUUUGAUAUCAAGGUUCCAUUUUUAUUUUCCUUCCUCAUGUAAUAUUUACUGCAGUUACACCUCCAAUGACUUGCAUUUAUUUCUUUUUGAUAUGUAAAGUCACACGAUUGGCUUCAAUUUUUUUUUUUUUUUGACACCAACGUUGCUGUUGUACUCGUACCUUCACCCUGCAGCUUCUCUUGAAUAAUCUUUUAUUCUGUAACCGAUCAGAUGUGCAUGACCCUCCUGGUUUCAAGACAUUAUUGUCUUGCAUAUUGGUGAUUCAACCCA